GUAAUGGUUGAAUUACUUUCACUUCCCUAUCUCAAACUCAAACUCGACAGACGCACACAGAGCUUCUACUUUUUGAACACUAGGAACCUUCCCAAUACUCUCUCUCUCCACCUCUGUGUGUGUUGUGUGUUAAAACAAUUUUAGUUGCUUUUUUUUUUAAAAUGCCGAUGAACAAGGAAUCAACACCACCUCCUAAGAUAGGAAAGAUCGGGCCGUACACUGUGUUUGUCACUCCUCCGGCUACCCCUAAACCAACCCAACUAGUUUCCGAGUCACUCGAGAAAACCAUUCCUCCUCCACUGGUUCAAUUGCCCAAAACAACAGUAUCUCCGCUACGUCCUCCGACUCAAUCUCCUGUAAAAACCGUAUCGCAGCCUCCUCCACCGGUUCAGGCUCCGCCUCAGCAGUUUAAUAAGUCCGCUGAUGUACGGUCUCCUUCGACAUUCGGGUUCUUCUGGAACGCCGUAUCCAAGGUUCAAAACGCGCACUCAAGUUUGGACGAGUAUGUGGCGCAUUGGUUCGGGUUGAAUCAGUCAAAAUAUCAGUGGGCAUUGGAUGAUUAUUACCAAAGCAAUGGCUCCACUCAGGUAGAUGCAAUAGGGAAGGACGUAUCUUCCAAGAUGCAAAGGGAUUUAUGUGAAGCAAGGACACCUGCAAAAUCUGCUUCUGAAUAUGCUAUAUCUACAUGUAACAUAUUAAAUAACACAAUUGCCUAUCGAUGUACGAAGAUGUCCAUCUUCACGGACUGGGAUCUGGCCGUCUCGAUUUUUAUGCUGUUCUGCUGUGGUGGCUAA